UGUAGACAGAGAGAGCGACCUUUAAAGCUGUACAAGGGAAGCAGCUCUGUACUUAUCUCACCACCAAAUAUAGGAAAAAAAAAACAUUUUAGCCCAGUGAGUGAAAAAGGGCUUAUCUAUCGUGAGAGAUCUGAAUCUAUAAAGUUACUCGUCACCACUCCCAUUCUCGGAUCUCUCGUUUUACCAGACUCAGACUCUUCUGGUUCUUCUAGGAACUCACAUAUAGACAGAGAUCAAAAGAAAGCUCUUUUGCUAGCUUUUGUGAGGAAACUGAUGAUGAGAGGGAGAUCUGAUGGAGGCCAAAAGAAGCGGCUUAUUGCUUCGUUCUGCAUUGUGGCUUUAGUCCUCUGUUUCUUGUAUAUGUACUAUGGUUCAUCUAGCCAAGGUGCAUCAGCUUUGGAGUAUGGAAGAUCACUGAGAAAACUCGGAUCUUCUUAUUUGGGUGGAGAUGAUGAUGGUGAAACCAAACAGGAUGGAUCUGUGAGCAAUGAAGAAGACAGUCUUGUUGUGGCCAAAAGCUUUCCUGUUAGUUUGUUUUAUCCAAAUCUAAACUGUAGACUUAUACUUCAUGCUAAGCUAACUUUUGGUGUAUAUAUAUAUAUGUUUAAGGUUUGUGAUGAUCGACACUCAGAGAUCAUCCCUUGCUUAGAUAGGAACUUCAUCUACCAAAUGAGGUUGAAGCUUGAUCUAUCUCUAAUGGAACAUUACGAACGUCAUUGUCCUCCUCCUGAAAGAAAGUUUAACUGUUUGAUUCCUCCCCCAGCUGGCUACAAGGUUCCUAUUAAGUGGCCUAAGAGCAGAGAUGAAGUGUGGCAAGCGAACAUACCUCACACACAUCUUGCUAAAGAGAAGUCUGAUCAGAACUGGAUGGUUGUUAAAGGCGAUAAGAUCAAUUUUCCAGGUGGUGGCACGCAUUUCCAUUAUGGAGCUGAUAAAUACAUUGCAUCCAUCGCCAAUAUGCUUAACUUUUCCAACGAUGUAUUAAACGACGAAGGAAGACUAAGAACGGUUCUUGAUGUUGGUUGUGGAGUUGCUAGUUUCGGAGCUUACCUUCUCUCAUCUGACAUAAUCGCAAUGUCAUUAGCUCCUAACGACGUUCACCAAAACCAAAUCCAGUUUGCAUUAGAGAGAGGCAUCCCUGCUUAUCUCGGUGUUUUAGGUACCAAGAGACUUCCUUACCCAAGCAGAUCAUUCGAGCUAGCUCAUUGCUCUCGGUGUAGAAUCGACUGGCUUCAAAGAGACGGUAUCCUUCUUCUCGAGCUGGACCGAGUACUAAGACCUGGUGGCUACUUCGCUUAUUCUUCUCCUGAAGCUUACGCGCAAGACGAAGAUAGUUUGAGGAUAUGGAAGGAGAUGAGUACUCUUGUUGAAAGAAUGUGUUGGAGAAUUGCUGCUAAAAGAAACCAAACUGUUGUUUGGCAGAAACCGUUGAGUAAUGACUGUUACUUGGAGAGAGAGCCUGGGACACAGCCUCCUCUUUGUCGCUCGGACGCUGAUCCUGAUGCUGUUUAUGGUGUCUCGAUGGAAGCUUGCAUCACUCCUUACUCCAAGCAUGACCAUAAAACUAAGGGAAGUGGGUUAGCUCCUUGGCCAGCUAGGAUGACUUCUCCUCCUCCUCGUCUUGCAGAUUUUGGUUACUCAACACAUAUGUUUGAGAAAGACACGGAGCUAUGGAAACAGCAAGUGGACAGUUACUGGAACCUAAUGUCGUCAAAGAUCAAAGCAAAUACUGUGAGAAACAUAAUGGACAUGAAAGCUCACAUGGGUUCUUUUGCAGCUGCUCUUAAAGACAAAGAUGUUUGGGUUAUGAACGUUGUCUCUCCCUACGGUCCCAACACUCUUAAACUGAUCUACGACCGUGGUUUGAUAGGGACAAAUCAUAACUGGUGUGAGGCUUUCUCUACAUACCCGCGAACAUACGAUCUCUUGCACGCAUGGACUGUUUUUUCAGACAUUAGAAGCAAAGGAUGCAGUGCGGAGGAUCUAUUACUUGAGAUGGAUAGGAUUCUUAGACCUACAGGAUUCAUCAUCAUCAGAGAUAAGGAGAGCGUUGUGGAGUCGAUCAAGAAGUAUAUGAAGGCUCUGCAUUGGGAGGUUGUGGCGUCGGAGAAAGUAACUACAGGUUCAGAACUCGACCAGGACAAUGAAGAUGGUGAGAACAAUGUCGUUUUCAUUGUCCGGAAGAAACUGUGGCUCACCAGUGAAAGCCUUAGGGAUGCUGAGUGAUGGUCAUAUGAUAAGCAGACUGAGAAAAAGAAAAUAAAUUGUUUUAUUCCCACAAGUUUUCUUAUAGUUUUAUUUUGAUUUUGGUAGUUGAUUUGUACCCCAUAAGAAAUAUUAUAUAAAUACUAAAAUUAAUCAUUGUUUUUUUAUAAACAAAUCCUCUUUGAAUGGUUCUUCUGAUGUUAUUUAAUUC